AUGAAGGCAUCAGCGAUUGCACUUACACUAGCGGUGUUGUCUAACAGCCACGUUCAGGCGGCCUCUCUAUCGUCUUCAACAACCACACCACAAUCGCAACCGACAUGGAAAGGCGCGACAACAUACCCCACGACGGUCACACGCAUUUGGUCACGGACAUUGACGGUAAAGGCCGGUGAGACUGCGUCAAGCACAGCCCCAGCGGACACCGUCACCGUCCAGACUGUCACCAUGUAUGAGCCGUGGCCGUCGAGUCCCAACCCAGAAUACUUUCCCUACACGCUGAUGCAGACCGCCAUUACGAGCCGUCAUCUGUACUCGGCACACGUUGACGACAAAGGACGCGUAGCACCGACAGGUGCACCAUGGACGGCGACGACCGUGACACCACGCACCGUCACAUCCACGUGGGUGCUGUGGAACACGUCGCCGACGGACCUUGCGGUCGGCGAAGCGCUUACGCCGUGCGACCGGUCCAACGGGCACAACGACCAAAAGUGCGCGACGCCCAACCUCAAGCAGGACACGCGGUGCCUCGAGCACGGCCUGACGACGGCGUGCCACAGCCAGUGCAAGAUCCGGCGGGUGGAAGGCUGGGACCUGUGGUGGUGCCACAAGCGGGGCGACGGAACGAGCAAGGCGGCCGGCAACGACACGCGCGAGGUGGCCAUCGGGCGGGUGUGUACGGACAGCAUGGGCUACUACGAGCAGCUGCUGGAGCCGUGCGACACAAUGGACCACGGGCACGACUGCCAGCCAUGCAAUGGUUAG